AUGCGGCUUCAGACCUCUGCAGGGUUGCUGCCCUUGAUAUCCCUAACCACAGCCUUGACAGAGACCCCCUUUCUCGGCUUCCCCUCCCCGUGGAUCUCGCCCGACCCAUCCGAUGCCGAAUGGCAAGCCGCGUACGAAAAAGCUGCGGCCUUUGUUUCUCAGCUCACCCUCACCGAAAAAGUCAACUUGACAACCGGCACGGGCUGGGAAGGCGACAGAUGUAUCGGCAAGACCGGCUCGGUCCCAAGAUUGGGGUUUGAGGGGUUUUGUCUGAUGGAUGGGCCGUUGGGUGUGAGAUAUGUCGACAAAGCCUCAGCCUUUCCCGCGGGCAUGAACGCCGCAGCAACCUUCAGCAAACGCCUCAUUCGUGCCCGGGGCGAAGCGAUGGGUGAAGAGUUCCGCGGCAAGGGCGUUGAUGUCCAGCUUGGUCCUGUUGCCGGAGCCCUAGGCAGAACACCGCAGGGAGGGAGAAACUGGGAGGGUUUCUCUCCUGAUCCGUACCUGACUGGAGUGGCGAUUGCGGAAACGAUCAGGGGGAUCCAGAGUAGGGGUGUGAUUGCCUGUGCUAAGCAUUACAUUCUUAAUGAGCAGGAGCAUUUCCGCGGGAGUGUGGAUGUGAGGAUUGGCGAUAAGACGAUGCAUGAGUUGUACUUGUGGCCGUUUGCGGAUGCGGUGAGGGCUGGGGUAGGGAGUGUGAUGUGUAGUUAUAACAGGGUCAACGGGACGUAUGCGUGUGAGAAUGAGUGGGUGCAGAAUUACUUGUUGAAGAGUGAGCUGGGGUUUAGGGGGUUUGUGAUGUCCGACUGGGGAGCACAACACAGCACCCUUGGCUCGGCCCUCUCAGGGCUCGAUAUGGCAAUGCCAGGCGACAUGAUGGGUCCCCCUUCCGCCUCAUCACCCCCCUACGGCUCGCACUGGGGCGGCGCGCUCACCCAAGCCGUCCUCAAAGGCGAGGUUCCCCAGUGGCGCCUCGAUGACAUGGUCACCCGGAUCAUGACCUCCUUUUUCCGCGUCCACGUCGGGAGCUACACCUCCCGCCCAGAACCCAACUUCUCCGCCUGGACCCGAAACACCACUGGCCCCCAAUACAAGUACUCCAACCGUCCCUGGACCACCGUCAACUCCCACGUCGAUGUCCAAGCCAACCACUCGGCUCUCAUCCGUGAACUAGCCGCCAAAUCCACCGUCAUCCUCAAGAACACCGGCAUCCUCCCCCUUUCCAAAUCCUCCCUGACCAGCCUAGCAGUAAUAGGCAACGACGCCCACGAUAACCCCAACGGACCCAACUCCUGCCCCGAGCGAGCCUGCAUCAACGGGACGGUAGCAAUGGGAUACGGCUCUGGCACAACCGACUUCCCCUAUCUGAUCUCACCCGCCACGGCCCUGUUGGGCCUCUCCCAGGAGCACAACAUAACCUUUUUCAACACCACCUCCAACUGGGACCUCACCACCGCUCAAUCCACCGCCUCCAACGCUUCCGUCGCCAUCGUCUUUGCAACCGCCACCUCGGGGGAGAAUUUUGUGUCCAUCGAUGGGAAUGCUGGCGAUAGGAACAAUCUCACGUUGUGGGACAACGGUGACGCUUUGAUCCGCGCCGUGGCGGCUGUCAACCCUAACACCAUCGUUGUGUUGCACACCUCGGGCCCUGUCGUCAUUGAUCAUGCGGAUAAGCACCCGAAUAUUUCAGCUAUCCUCUGGGCCGGGUUUCCCGGUCAGGAAUCUGGGAACGGGCUGGCGGAUGUUUUGUUUGGUGAUGUCCACCCACAAGGCCGCAGCCCGUUUACCUGGGGUAAGGACUUGGAGUCGUACGGGGUUGAGUUGUUGACGGUGGCGCCUGAUCCGAGGAGUCCGAGGCAGGAGUUUCCAGAGGGGGUGUUUAUUGACUAUAGGUGGUUUUUGAGCGAGGGGAAGGGGGAGAGGGGGAGGGUUACGUAUGGGUUUGGGCACGGGCUUGGGUACACGGAGUUUGAGUAUGGGGAUUUGGUUGUCGAGAGGGUUGGUGGGAGGGGGGGGUACGAGGUGAAUAAGGGGAAGACGAUACCGGCGCCGGUGAUGGGGGAGGUUGUUGAUAUAGGGGAUGUGGAGGGGUGGACUGAGCCGGAUGGGUUUGAGGGGUGGAGGAUUCCGAGGUAUGUUUACCCUUGGGUCAAUGCGACUGUAUAUAACAGUGAGAAUGGCACCGCGCGAUCACCUGGCAUUGGUGACUUCCCGCCGGAGGCUAGGGAUGGGGGGGUGCAAGAGGAGCUACCGGCCGGUGGGAAGGAGGGUGGCAAUGAGGGGUUGUAUGAGGUUUUGUUUGAGGUGAAGGUGGAUGUGAAGAAUGCAGGGACGAGGGAGGGGGUGGAGGUUGUUCAGUUGGUGAGCUGCCUUGUUUGCUUCUUCUGUUGUGAUCCCGUCCGGCUGAUGAUGAAUAGUACCUCUCACCCAACAACCCUCUCGCCCCCUCUCUCCUCCUCCGCGGCUUUGACGACGUCCUCCUCGCCCCCAACGCCACCAAAACCGUCACCUUCUCCCUCACCCGUCGUGACAUUAGCGAGUGGAACACCGAAGCCCAGAACUGGGAGAUUCUCACCGAGUAUCAGCAGACCGUCUUUGUCGGGUCGAGCUCGAUGGAUUUGA